AUAAAAUAAAAUCCCAUCUCUCUCUCUUCUCUUUCACAAUUUCGCUGACCAACAACAACAAAUAAUCAGAAACGAUUUUCUUCUUGGUUUCUCCUUCCCCCGUUUCGCGCUGCCAGAACACACGAAACCGUAACCGGCCGAGGAUCGCUCUCAGCUCAGUAGAAGGGAAGCUCAGAACGGUCUAGGGUUUCGUUUUUUUCAUUUGGUUCGGGGGCGAUGGCGUCGAAGCGGAUCUUGAAGGAGCUCAAGGAUCUGCAGAAGGAUCCUCCUACCUCUUGCAGCGCAGUGAUCUAUCUGUGACAUAAUGAGGGAUUGUGUGGCUUUUAAGUCCUCGCUGUAGCAUCUGCUACAGGGAUAUCAUUUAUGUGGUUAAAUCAAUUUCUUGGUCUCUGCUUAUUUUCCACUUGAAGGCAGUAAAAUGCUGUCUGAUGUAGUUUCCUUGACCUCCCACUGCUUCGAGCCAGGAAGUUCGCAUCUCAGUAAUUUGACAGUUGCUUACAUAUAAGAAAGAACUUUGUGAAGUGAUUUGAAACAUUUUGUCUUAUCUCUGGCUGGGUAAUCAUGUGAACUGAUUUCUUUUUUCUGGUUUGGGCUACUUUAGGUCCAGUUGCCCAAGACAUGUUCCAGUGGCAAGCAACAAUUAUGGGCCCUCCUGAGAGCCCAUACACUGGUGGAGUGUUUCUAGUCAGUAUUAACUUCCCACCAGACUACCCAUUCAAGCCACCUAAGGUUUCUUUCAGGACUAAGGUCUUCCACCCCAAUAUCAACAGCAAUGGCAGCAUCUGCCUGGAUAUUCUUAAGGAGCAGUGGAGCCCAGCCUUGACCAUAUCAAAGGUAUUGCUCUCUAUAUGUUCACUGUUGACAGACCCCAACCCCGACGACCCUUUGGUGCCUGAGAUUGCUCACAUGUACAAGACCGAUAGGGCCAAGUACGAGACAACCGCUAAGAGCUGGACUCAGAAGUACGCGAUGGGCUGACGAACUACAGCUGCUGUUUUUUAUUUGCUAUGUGCUAUAUAUGAACUUAUAUAAAAAGGGGGAGAGUGGAAAAAGGGCUGUGCAUUUUACUAAACUUCUUUUGCGUCGUUUGCUCUUUGAAGGAAUAUGUUUACUCUUUUGUCAAGUCUAUGAAUGGAAGGCUUGAGUUCAUGUGUCUCCUCGUUGUUAACUGGACCAAAUUCAUGGCGUGGAUUCCUUAUCCUAACCCUAGUGAACUUCGGAUUUCUCCUCUUCCUCCUUUACGUCGUUUAAUUCUAAAUGGUGCAGAAUUUGGAGCAUACGAUACUCCUGGAGUCCUGGUGAUCGUAUUAAACAAAGUUCGCUGUAUCGAUAGAACUCCCUCGCCACCGAGUAUACUAUACUACUGUUGCUUCCAGAUCCCAUCAGCCUUCAGGGCACCAUGCAAGUUGCUCUGACACCUGCAG